AAACGUGUCAGUUUCAAUAGUAGUGUCAAAGUUCACUAUAUACAGACAUUCGCGCAGAUCCCCGUUUCGGAAACAUUGCUCCGCUGGUCUUCCCGUUCAAACGCAUUCAUUUUUUGGGUCUCUGCUCUUUGCAUAUUCUAUUAGUUUUUUUGUCCGUGUUUUUGUCUUUUUCUCUUUCGCUCCGCUUCAGCUGGAGAGGUGAAAUACCGGGACACGGCGCAUUAUUAUUAUUUUUAAUUUUUACAAAAAUAUUUUUCGCUGUUGAUGAGUUUAUUAAGAUAUGAAGAAAUGAAAUACAGCUCUUCAGUUUUCGCUCCCUUCGAUCAGUGGAGACUGGAGUGAGAAGGAGAGAGAAAAGAGGGGGAUUUAUUUCGCCAUACUUUUGGAUCGCUUGUUAUUUUCUAUUCCAUCCAUAUCCUGGUCCGAUCCCAGGGAAUCGCCUCUGCGCUCCAACCGCUUAAUCUGAACUAAACGCUAAUUUGUUGCCUAUCGACAUUUCUCUUUUUUUCCAAGACUGGGUUUCUGAAUGGCUGACUGCGAUUUACCUUGGAACUGGCCUCCCGACACAUGCUUAUCCUGAUCGGGGUGCCUCUUCACUUCUAUUUUGAAUGUAUCGAUCGCCCUCCGCUCCUGCUCAGCCAUAUGUGUAAGAUUUGACUUUGCACAACCUUGCGCCCGAUACCCUUUUUCCCCACUUGAAAUACCGCAGCGAUCAGCUCGCUUUUAAGCACUUUUUCGGAAUCGAGAUAUGGCAAUGGUAGUUAGCGUCUGGCGAGAUCCGCAGGAGGACGUGGCCGGAGGAACUCCGGGCGGCCAUAACACGCAGCCGGCAAGGGAGCAGCAGCAAGCGGCGUCGGCGGCGCCGCAUACCCCGCAAACACCCGGUCAGCCGGGACACCCGUCAACGCCCGGGACAGCCGGAGACAAGGGACACGGCCAGAGUUCAGGACAAAAUCAGCAUAUUGAAUGUGUGGUUUGCGGGGACAAAUCCAGCGGCAAGCACUAUGGUCAGUUUACCUGCGAGGGAUGCAAAAGUUUCUUCAAGAGGAGUGUCCGGAGGAACUUAACGUAUACAUGUCGUGCCAACAGGAACUGUCCAAUCGACCAGCACCACCGAAAUCAGUGCCAGUACUGCCGGCUGAAGAAAUGUUUAAAAGUGGGCAUGAGGCGGGAAGCGGUUCAGCGAGGACGAAUGCCUCCGACCCAGCCCAACCCAGGCCAGUACGCCCUGACGAACGGGGAUCCUCUGAACGGGCAUUGCUAUUUAUCUGGAUACAUCUCGUUAUUACUGCGGGCCGAGCCUUACCCGACGUCCCGAUACGGCAGCCAGUGCAUGCAGCCUAACAACAUUAUGGGCAUCGAGAAUAUCUGCGAGCUGGCCGCACGCCUGCUCUUCAGCGCCGUUGAGUGGGCCAGGAACAUCCCUUUCUUUCCAGAUCUGCAGAUCACGGACCAGGUGUCUCUUCUCAGGCUGACUUGGAGCGAGUUGUUUGUGCUUAACGCGGCUCAGUGCUCCAUGCCCCUUCACGUGGCCCCGCUGCUGGCCGCGGCUGGCCUCCACGCCUCCCCGAUGUCCGCCGAUCGGGUCGUGGCUUUCAUGGAUCACAUUCGUAUCUUCCAGGAGCAGGUUGAGAAACUCAAGACCCUCCACGUCGACUCGGCAGAGUACAGCUGUAUCAAAGCAAUAGUGCUGUUCACGUCAGACGCUUGUGGCCUAUCGGAUGCGGCCCACAUUGAAAGCCUGCAAGAGAAGUCACAAUGUGCCCUUGAGGAGUACGUGAGGAGCCAGUACCCCAACCAGCCCAGCCGUUUCGGAAAGCUUUUGCUGCGCCUGCCCUCACUUCGCACUGUUUCUUCAUCAGUGAUCGAGCAACUUUUCUUCGUCCGCUUGGUAGGUAAAACACCCAUUGAAACCUUGAUCCGGGAUAUGUUGCUAUCCGGGAGUAGCUUCAACUGGCCGUAUAUGUCAAUUCAAUGAUCCCAGUAAGGGGGAAAAAGCGACGAAAAAGGACCAAAACAGCCGCCUGAACCUGAAGACUGUAUGGACCUCAAACGAAACGAACAGAAUUGAAGGACCUGCUUUUUGGUCGAUAUUAUUAUAUCAUAAAUAUUGAUUGUUUAUUUGUUUGCUUGUUGUUUUUUUUUUCUUUUUUGUGACUUUAGAUGGAAUUCAUUAUGUACAGAAACAGGGGAUGUGCUCAUGUAUCUCCCUGAUGAAUAAGAACACUGGUCUUCAUUUGGUAAAAUAUUAGUCUCUAUUUUCAUUUUUGUACAAACACAAAAUGAAAAUCAGGAAAACUCCUCGUAUGCUCAAUAAACCAAUCAAGACUUAGCGGGAAAAUAACGUUUCCAUGCAACUAUAAGAAGUGUCACGUGUCUAUGUAUCUCUGUUUUGUAUUUUCAUUUUUUUUCUGGUUCAAAACCAGAUUUUCUGUGAUUACAUACUAAUAAUUUUAUAUAACCUUUUGCUUCUUAUAACAAGUGCGAUAUAUGUUGUCGAAGCUAUGUUCUUCAAGAAUUAAAAUUGAAUUGAGAAUCUAAACAGAAAAAUAAAUAAAUAUAGACUGAAAAAGGAAA